AUUAUUUUACUUGGUAAGAGUGGAAUUGGUAAAAGUUCUUUUGGUAAUUAUUUGCUGAGAGCCCAGAAGUUCCGUACACGUGAACUAGAAGACGGAGAAACCGAGGAAUGCCAGAUCGAGCGAACAGACAGUAUGGUGGUAGUGGAUACCCCUGGAUUUUUCUCAAAGUACCGGUCAGAUGUGGAUGUCGGUAAAGAAAUUAUGGAAACAAUAAGAGUAAAUAAUUUGUCAAUAAAUGUUUAUAUAUUGGUUCUGGGUGCUGACAGAAAAGUGACACAGAGUUCGAUAGAUUCAGUAGAGUUUAUAAAGAAACUGUUUGGAGAAAAAGUCAUUAAUAAUAUGAUUAUAGUUUUCACUGGAAAACAUGAUAAAAAUAAAUUUCGGUUUUCAGAAUAUCUACCACGGAUUCCUUAUUUUCUGCUCGAUUGUAAACAU